UUAUUUAUAAUUUGUGGCCAGCUUAAGUAAUUGUGAAGUUGUAUUCGGAAAAAAAAAGUUGUAAUGUUCUCGUUGGGGAAAAAAUCUAAUCCUGCCUCCAAAUCGAAAUCGAAUGAACCUGUUGCAGGCUCGAAAGCAAAAAACUUUGCACAAUUUGGCUUUCUAGAUAUGGGGUUUCAAAAUGAUGGGAUGGUUGGUGAAGCAGAUAGUGAUGAUGAUCUUGAAGCUGAACUUGCUGCCUUAACAAAAGGCUCACAACCAAGUCGUGGGAAAAAAACCAGGAAAUUGAUUUCAGAGAAAGAAUUAGCAGCCUUGGUUUCUAGUAGUAUGGCUGAUAUACCAUCUGAUGCUGAAAUUUCAGACAUAGAUGAUGCAGAAGUUGAGGAUGAGCUCGGAGAACUUUGUGGCGAAGAAGAUGAUCCAGAAUGUCCAGAGAUACAAACUCAAGCUCCCACAAUGAAUGCAGAAGAAAUCAUCAAACUGCUAAAUGAAAGGAUAGAAAUGUAUAAAGUGGCUGAAAGUAAUGCCAGUAAAAUGGGUGAUACAACAAAAGCAAGAAGGUUUAAUAGAGGAGUCAAAUCUUUAAAUGAUAUGCUGAAGCAAACACUUUCAGGAAAAGUGAUUUCUAUGGAAGAUAUCCCUCCUCCUUUGGCAGAAUCUAAUAAAACUUUAUCGAAAGACGUUACGAUUGUAGAUAAUUUAGGCGUACCAGCUUCUUCAAAAAAAGGUGACAGUACCAUUCCUGUCCUUCCAAAACCUAUGGUGCCCGUGCGAGUUGCCCCUCUACCUCCAAGUACCGCACCACCUAUUCCACCUAGAGCAUCAGUGCUUCAUCCUGUAGCUGAAAUUGAUCAGCAGAAACCCAAAGAAUGCGUUUUGAUUCAACAUUCAGAAGACAUUGAAAAAGCUUUAGCGCUUAGACUGGAGUUAAAAAAUGCAGCUUUGCAAGCUAAACGCGCAGGAGAGCCAGCAGCAGCAUUGCAAUUUGUUCGUCUAGUCAAAGUAUGUGACCAGAUGGUUGAUUCUGCAAAUCAAGGCCUUCCUGUAGAUUGGUCUUGCUUGCCUUCAGUUGACAUAGUUGGGAGUAAAAACAGUAUUCCGCCGAACGUAGUUGAAAAAGUUUCUGAGAAAGAGGAAGCGGUAUCAAGCCCAGUGAUACAAAAUGAUAUUAUACCUCUUGCCACGGAUGAGGCAAAAGAACCCCAGAUGCUACCCACUGUGCCUACGAUACCUAUCCCUCAAUCGACGUUAGAAGCGCUAGAACAACGUUUAGCCAAAUAUCAGAGUGUCAUGCAACAAGCCCAAGAGGAAGGAAAUAGUUCGAAGGCACGACGAUUCGGAAGAAUUAUUAAGCAAUACCAGGAUGCCAUCAAGCUGCACAAACUGGGGAAACCAAUACCAUUUGACGAACUUCCCGACCCACCUGGAUAUCCUCCAAUUCCUGGAGCGCCGCGGAAAGCAGAAGAAACCGAAGGUGCGUUAGCGGUCCAAAUCCAAUCUGCCGAAGGCGCAGCUUCAGAAUACACUACCAUAACCCCAGAAAAGCCUUCUGUAUUGCAACUUCCGACUGCUGGUCCGAGCACAGUGAUAUCGCCGAAAGCUUCACAAACCAAAACUCCAUUGGCGACACGGCAAGAUAAACAAUUGGCUGUAUUAUUAGAACGGCAGAGUAUGUUCAAAACAGCUGCGCUAGAAGCAAAAAAAUCUGGAGACCUGGAAUUGGCGAAAGAAUACCUACGAAUGGCCAAAGGAUUGGAUCCACUUAUAAGCGCGAAUAAAUGUGGAGUACCUGUUGAUAUGGAAACGUUACCGAUUCCCCCGCAAAUGAAACUUCGGUCAUCCGAUAAAAAAGGCAUCCCAAUCAAAUCAGAGGGAUCGUUGGAGGCUUCAUUUAUGGAUGAUUUUGUAAUACUUUCAAGCGAAGACUGUAUGCCUUCAUCAACCGGCGAUCAAAACAGUUCCGGUAUUUUUGGGCAGUUGCAUAAUGAUCUAUUGGCGCAGUUAAAGAUGUGCACUGAUAAUCGCGAACAUAAUCAAUUAAUUGGUGACAUAGCGAAUGCCAAUUGGUUUGACCAAUUGGCACUCCACACCCGGAAAGAUUUAGAUUUCAUACACAGCUCAGCAAUGAGAGGUGACACCAUACCACGAUGGAAAAACGAAAUGAGAACUUUUUCGAUUGUCAAGUGCUGUACCGACUUGAAAGAUGAUGAUAUGGAAGUGACAAUUAUCCGAGGGCUUUCGUAUAAUGUAGCGAAUCCCAAAACUAUUGAUACUUACGCGCGAUUUGAAGUUCCUAUUCCAUCUUCGGACAAUCCGACAAAGGAGAAAACCAAAACUGUCAAGCAUACAAAUAGUCCGGAAUAUAAUGAAACUUUUGUGGUCACAAUAAAUCGACAAUCACGGACUUUGCUCCGCGUUUUCAAAGCAAAGCUCAUCAAGUUUGAAGUUUGGGCUAAAAGUAGGUUCUUGCGCAGUGACGUUCUGAUAGGAACAGCAUCAGUGAAACUAGCGGAUCUACUAAAUCACUGUCAGAUCCAUCAGGCCGUGGACUUAAUGGACGGAAGGAAACCUGUUGGAGGUAAACUGGAGGUAAAAAUAAGACUUCGAAAUCCUAUCGUUGGGAAAGAAAUGGAACAGGUACAAGAAAAAUGGACUGUCCUUGUGCAUUGAAACAGUUAUAUUAAGUUAACUUGUACCAUUGCGAAUUUUUAAGUGUUUAUAACUGAGUCAAUAUACAUCGUGAAUAUCUA